AGGUAGUCCGUCGAAAUGUGGGGACCCUUUCAUUGCAGACGGUCGGUCCCCUGGUCCGUGCACCUUCAAAUCGCUGGAGCGGCUUCUUCAACGGUGGAUGCCGUCACACUCACAGGCAGCCACUCCCUUCCUUUCUCAACAUCUUCAAGGCAAGCUGGAUGCUGACACGGACCCCGUCGCUUGGUCCGGAGUAGCAUGUAAUGUCAUCAUGCACGCGCUCUCUCACUGCCGCGAGCAGCCGCUUGCCUAGCUUGCCGCACCAGCUAUCGCGAUGUCAUCGCAGAACAUAUGCGGUUCAGUCCGGUGGCGCGCCACGCUUUCAGGUGUUCAACCGCCGCUCCAAAUGGUUGCAGAAGGAGCGUGCGGCGGCCAACCCAGAGCUCAGUCGAGAGACUGACUAUCUGAAGGACGAGGUGGCCGUCCGACUUACCGAGCGUCUACUUGAUAUCAAGCGACACUUUCCCAAGGUCCUCGAUGUUGGAGCCAACUCGUGCAACAUUGCGCGCGCUCUAGUACAGCCGAAUCCGGAUCCAGAUCCCUCGAAGCCAGACUCGCCGCCCAUCUCUACGCGCAUCACCGAACUAGUGGCAGCUGAAUCGUCCGAGGCUCUGCUGUACCGAGACGCCAAGCUCGACUUCAAUAACCAGUUGAAUAUCACCCGCCACGUUCUUGAAGACGAGGAGACUCUGCCGUACGAACCGGAGUCGUUCGAUUUGGUCAUGAGCAACCUCAGCAUGCACUGGAUCAACGACCUGCCAGGUACACUCACUCAAAUCAACAACAUUCUCAAGCCGGACUGUCCAUUCAUUGGGGCUAUGCUCGGCGGCGACACGCUUUUCGAGUUACGGACAUCGCUUCAGCUCGCCGAGCAGGAGAGGCGGGGAGGCAUGUCACCCCGCGUGUCACCUUUGGCCGACGUCCGUGAUGUCGGGGGGCUACUGCAGAAAGCAGGGUUUAAAAUGCUGACGGUCGAUGUGGACGAUAUCAUCGUCGACUACCCCGACACAUUCACGUUGAUGCAGGAUCUCCAGGCCAUGGGCGAGUCGAACGUGAUUCUCGGAAGGGAAAUGGGGCCCAUCAGCAGAGAUCUGCUGCUUGCCAACGAAGCCAUUUACCGCGAACUACAUGGCAACGAAGAUGGUUCGCUGCCGGCUACAUUCAGGAUCAUCUACAUGAUCGGGUGGCACGAAAGUCCCGAUCAAGCCAAGCCCCUACCACGGGGCAGCGGUGAUCUCAACCUCAAGGAUAUCUUGGAGCAAAAGUGAGAGCAAUGGGCCUCUCUUGUAGUAUAUGUACACCAAAUUCAUCCAUGCAAUUGGGAGGCAUAUAGAUAUCUAUAUUCGCGACUUCAGCCCCCCAAGCCCAGCUCGUGCUCUGUUUAUACUCUCCUCCAAUCGGUCAUCGUGCGUCCGAUGCAGCCCAGGCCAGCCACAUCCACAACCUUCUCGUGCCAGCUCAGCAGCACACUCAUUGCUGCUCCCGUGGGCUCGUUCGAACCUGGGCGUCCUCCUACCUGGCUAAACCCUCCUGUAGACUGGGGGGUUACGCCAGAUGGCGUUCUCGAGACCUUGGGAGCGCCAGCGCCCAUUCCUUUGUAGCUACGGAGGAUAGUCAGUACCGUAUCAUCGUCGGAAGAGACAAGGUACCCACAUGUACUUCAUCAGAACAUCCAAUGCCUCGUUUCCGCCCUCUGAGCUGUAAAUGCUCUUGAGCAAUGGGCUCAUCUCGC